CUGUUCCGGGACAAGUCGCUCUCCGGCCGUGAGGACUCGAUGGCUGCCGUUCUCCUGAGGCCCCGCGCGGCCUGGGCCGUGUCCCUGUCGGUGUCGGCGCGCGGGCUCGGGGCCGUGGGCGCCCCACGCGCGGCAGGAAUUCAUACAGGUUCCCAACGCAAACGCCGCUAUGGUCUCUUGUCUUACAUACUUGGGGAGAGAACCACCAAGAAACUCACUGAGAGAAGCAAAGUGGUGACUGUGGAUGGCAACAUAUGUUCUGGAAAAAGCGAACUUGCAAAACACUUAGCGGAAAAACUAGGUUUGAAACACUUUCCUGAAGUCGACGUACAUUAUGCCGAGAAGAACUCAGGCGAUGGAACGAUCCUGAGUUUAGAGCUGGGCGGCAACUGCAGUUUGGAGAAGUUUUAUGAUGAUCCCAGGAGUAAUGACGGUAAUGCUUAUCGCCUGCAGUCCUGGCUCUACGCUAACCGCCUUCUGCAGUAUUCUGACGCCCUGGACCACCUGCUGAGCACAGGACAAGGCGUAGUUCUGGAGCGCUCCAUCUUCAGCGACUUUGUCUUCAUGGAGGCCAUGUUCAAGCAAGGAUUCAUCCGAAAACAGUGCGUGGAGCACUACGAGGAGAUCAAACGUCUCACCGCCCCGCAGUAUUUGCCUCCUCACCUGGUUAUAUAUGUUGAUGCACCUGUUCCCGAGAUCCUGAAGAAGAUUCAGGAGAAAGGAAAUGCCCACGAAAAGAAGAUCACAGCCGCCUACCUGCAGGACAUUGAAGAUGCCUACAAGAAAACCUUCCUUCCAGAAAUGAGUAAAAAUUGUGAGAUUUUACAAUAUACAGCAAAGGAAGCGAAGGAUGUGGACAAGGUUUUGGAAGAUUUCGACUAUGUCAAGUUUGAUAAAGGUCCUUGGCUGGAGCAAGAUGACCGUUCUCUCCACCACUUGAGGAAGCUGGUCCAGAAUAAGUACGAAGUAGUGAAUUACACAACCAUUCCGGUCUACCUCCCGGAGACCACCAUCGGAGCUCACCAGUGUGAUCGCCUCUACCACCAGUUCAGAGAGCUGAAAGGUCACAGAUACAGUCCAGGCUAUAAUGCAGACGUGGGGGACAAGUGGAUCUGGCUGAAGUGAAGUGAAGCCUUUCUCCCUUGGAGCAGUUACAGGCCCUGACAGUACACGAGCCAGUCACCUCAAAAAUGAGCCUCCAGUUACGGGAUGGAAGAAGAGAAUGGCCUCACCGAGAACGGGCUGCUUGUGGCACCCCUAUGAGCUUUCUCCUUGGAUCCCUAGCAAUAUUGGUUAAAGCCAGAAGUUCCCAAAACUGGUUGGUAGGACCAGAAAUACCUUUCUUCCAUUGCCUUGGGCUCUGGCCCCUGUAGGGUCUGUAUUUUGCUUCCUUCGACUUCGGAGAAAUAAAACCUUUUCUGUGGAACUCCCUGAA